CACGACAUACGAAACACAAGAUGGCGCUACAGUAGACGCGGGAAUUUCAAGAAACUCUCUUGCCAUCGAAAAAGUAUUUGAAUGAACAGCUACAGGGAAGGUUUCUAAAUUUGGAACUUCAACAUCACGACCAUUGGAAAAUGGGGAAAAGAAAGCAACGGCCAGUUCUUCACCAACAAGAACAAUGUGAUGUUUGGCUGAGUACCGCAGAAAAGAAGGAACAAACACCAGCAGCAAAGAGGCAGAGAUUGUUAAGACCAAUCACAAACAUCUCCGAUCUCAUCCUCUCAUCUCAACCAGUCAAAGCAGGAACCAAACAAACAGACAUCAAACACUUCUUUGCUCCAAAAUCAGCAAUGGGCAAAGAAAAUGCUGCUUCUAAAGCUUCUUCGUCAUCAGGAGGUAUUUCCAAGCCGACAAGCAAAGCCAGGAAUAAGAGAUCUGUAUCAGAGCUCCCAAAACAACGAACACUGGAAAACACAACAUCUUUCAAGAGUCGACAGAAUAACGAAGCAGAAUCUUCAAGUGCAAUAUCUAGGACUCAUUUUAAUGUAAGCGAACCCCAUUUAACCUGGGCAUCUAAGAUUGAUGAAUACGAACCAACUCCACCGCACGACACCAGAGAAACAGACAUCCCUUUGUCUUCACAAGAUUUGAACUCCAAUGAACUGUUUCAGAUUUCUCAGGAUAUUCCCCGAAUCUCCAGUGAGGAUGAAGAAGCAGAAGAUAUGACUUUCACGAUGGGAACGCAGGGUUGCUUGAAGGUGAAAGGAUCAAAGACGAGACAAGAUGUUGACUAUGAUACUUUUGAUACCAAGGAGUGCUUAAAGACUGUUGCAGAACAAUCUGAUGAUCUUCUAGACAUGGUGUCCACUAACUCCAGACGAGAUGCCAAUAAAUUUGUAAAAGUCUUUUCGACCGAGGGCAUGAAAUCUCACAACGACUUUCAGAGGUCUCAGGAUAUUCCUAAAUCUGAAAGACCCAAUGCAUCAGUGUAUUGUGACUUUGUUCAGAGGGAACAGUCUGAAGAUGUCACUUUUACCAUGGGGUCUCAAGGAUGCUUGAAGAUCAAGCGAUCAAACACAAAGAGACACAUUGGCCCUGAUAUCAGUAAUACCCAGAGGUGCUUCAAUACUCUUAUGGCUAAUUCUGAACUGUCUGCCAAAUCAGAUGAUGUUCCAGACUCUCCGCAUUCCCAGAAUAUUCAGGAUACCCCCAGAGUUACUGAAAACUUUUCACAAGAGCUUUAUGAAUCCAGAAUCAAUGAAGCAUCAGGAGAUAUCUCAUUUACUAUAGGUACUCAGGGAUGUUUGGAAGUGAAACAAUCAAGAUGUGUUGACAAUGACAGCCAUGAUACGCAGGAGAUUGGUGCUGUUAAUUCUGAACUAUGUUCCUCACAAGAUGGUAUUCAUGAAUCUUCAACACCAUUACUUAAAGACUCAAAUGAAGAUGUAGCCUUUACAAUGGGUUCUCAAGGUUGCCUGAAGGUUAGAGAUAGCAAGAGUCGGCGAUCAAAUAUCACAUCAGAGGACUCAUUACAAGAUGUAGCUUUCACAAUGGGUUCUCAAGGUUGUCUGAAGGUCAGAGAUUCCAAGAGUCAAAGGUUGCAUGUCACACCCUCAGAGGACUUGUCACAAGAUGUAGCGUCCACAAUGGGUUCUCAAGGUUGUUUGAAGGUCAGAGAUUCCAAAAGUCAAAGGUCAAAUGUCACAUCAUCAGAGGACUUGUCACAAGAUGUAGCGUCCAUAAUGGGUUCUCAAGGUUUUCUGAAGGUCAGAGAUCCUAAGGGUCAUAGGUCAAAUGUCACAUCAUUAGAAGACUUGUCACAAGAUGUAGCUUUCACAAUGGGUUCUCAAGGUUGUCGGAAGGUCAGAGAUCACGAGGGUCAUAGGUCAAAUGUCACAUCGUCAGAGGACUCAUUACAAGAUAGAUCACAAGAGUCGAAGGACAAAUGUCACAUCGUCAGAGGACUUGUCACAAGAUGUAGCUUUCACAAUGGGUUCUCAAGGUUGUUUGAAGGGUCAUAG